GAGGUGGGGGGGAGGAGAGAGAUGGAGGGAAGGAGGGAGACGGGAGCGAGGGGCUGGAUGCAACUAAGUCGCUGGAGCGAGAGUUGCCCGCGGGCGGGUUGCGAGUCGCACCGACGUGGCAAGUUUCAACUUCCGCGUCGAGGCUGGGCCACCCUCCUCCCCGAUGCGCGCUCCGUUGAACUCCCGUGCCGGAUCCGUUGUCCGCAAGUCUUUCGUUUCGUUCGUGAAGAGUCGUAAACAAGAGGCGCGCUACGGGGCAGCGAUUCCGCGAUGUGUCCAGCGGCGGCCGUGGAGUGGAGCGCACCGCGCCCCGAACCGGGCACAUCCCGGUUCGAGCCCCGCUCGCCCACGCGCGGAUUUCACGCACGGUGACUGGAAGAGGCCCAGUUCAGCCGGGUUGAGCUGUUCCUCUCUUCCGGUAGCGGGUAAUGGAUCUGCUCGGGACUAUGGAGGCCAAUAGAGACGCAGCAAUGAGCUGUCGAGAGAAUGCCCGAGCGGCUCUGGGUAUAGGCGACACGAAGCAAGCGAGAAGAUUCAUCGACAAGGCCCAGCAACUUUACCCCUGCGACGAGGAAGAUCAUGAGCUGCUGGCCCGCGUUGAAGAAGCCGCAGUGAUGUUGAAGGACGUGGAGAGGAUAUGCAAUGCGUGUAACUACUAUGAAGUGUUGGAGGUCCAGUCUGCAGCGUCGACAGAGGAGAUCAGACGGGCAUUCAAGUUGCAGUCUUUGAAAGUUCAUCCAGACAAGAACCACAUGCCACGAGCUGCGGAUGCAUUCAAAAAACUCAACGCGUCUCACGAGGUGCUCACGGAUCCGGUAGAACGUGGCAGAUACGAUCUUGGGUGGCAUACGUUCGCGUCAAGAUACAGCGACAGCGACAACGCCGAAGACAGCCGCCCCUUCCAACGCAGCGCGAACCGCGACACGUGCUCCAGCAACAGUGACGGAGACGCGCCAUCAUCCCCACGCAAGCCGUGCCACUCAUUUACAAGAAGGGAAUAUGGAGCCAAGACCGUCAGGCGUCGAGUGCAGAAGUUUUGUGCCGAUUUCAACUGGAUAUUACUUGGCCUUGUGGUGGUAAUGGUGGCGAGCACGAUGUACCAGAUAUCCUUAUACAAGUGGUCUCCGAAACUAAAGAUGCAUAUAUUUCGGCUCUAAAGAUGUUGAGAAUCUCCUUCAUGAAGGAUGAGCAAGAUGACGUUCUUGUGGUGUCAACUCUGGGUCACACUGCCCCUCUGUGCUACCAGCCUUUGCAACACACACUUCGGUGGCUGAAGUUACCAUGCCAGAAUGGGUGAACUCAGAAAUACUUCGUUUUUAUUGAGUACGAAUAUUCCAGUUACAUUGGUAAUACCUUUACUAUUUUUUACUACGCUCGACGGAAGAGCCAGUAUAUGAUGACAAACACACACACUAUCUGGAACAAAAUCAGAUAAGAUAUAGAACAUGAUGAUGCAAUGAGACAAUUUGGAAUACAACCAAACACAUUAUCCACAACACUCUGAAACAGAAUGUCAAGAACACAAAUUAUCUUCUUGAUCUAAAACACGACGACACUUUAUGUGCAUAUGCUUUUAUAUAGAUAUUUAUAUAGCUAUGUGCACGAAUUACUAUGAUUAUUAUUAUUUUUAUCAGGAACUGUGUUUUGCAUACUUAAGAUGUUCGCAAUUUUCAAAACUUGCAUUGUAAUUGUGAAUGUAUAUUGCAGGAGCUUUUAAAAAAAUUAUUGUAUCAUAUAAUUGAAAAACAUAUUCUCGACUGCUCUGUGGUAAAAAUAGGUUUUUCCCUUUCUGCCAAUAAACAGGUGUUAAGAUGUUCAAACACCAUUUUAGAUACUGGCAAAAAAUGGGCCCAUAGAUAUGUGUGGUAACACAUUCCUGCGGAGGGAGCUGGUAGGAACGUUGGGUUGCUCGGUCAAUGGCCAGGGUCAACGGCGGCGUGGUGUAUUCCGCAAAUAUGCCCUGACUGUGAGGGCGGGCAUAAGCCGGCGUGAGUAGGUUAAACGUUGAGUUUUAUAAGGGCACCACGGGG